CAAACACAGAGCAAAAAUGGGUAAAGAUUUCUACAAAAUUCUCGGCGUGUCGAAAAGCGCGAGCGAUGAUGAGAUCAAGAAGGCAUACCGUAAGCUGGCGUUGAAGUAUCAUCCGGACAAGAACAAAUCACCGCAGGCCGAGGAACGGUUUAAGGAGGUGGCGGAAGCGUACGAGGUGCUGUCGGACAAGAAAAAGCGCGACAUCUACGACCAGUACGGGGAGGAGGGUCUGAAGGGUGGUGCCGGUGGUAUGCCCGGUGGCGCUGGGCAGAGUGGACAGUUCCAGUACAAUUUCCACGGUGAUCCACGCGCCACGUUCGCACAGUUCUUCGGCACAAGUGAUCCGUUCAGUGUGUUCUUCGGUUCCGAUGGUGGUGGUAACAUUUUCCACCAGGAGAUCGACGGCGAUCCGUUCGGGUUUGACGGGCGAGGUAAUAUUGGUGGAUUUCCGGGUGGUGCGUUCCGGUCGCAAUCGUUCAACGUGCACGGUUCCCCACAGCGUAAGCAAAAGCUGCAGGAUCCAGCGAUUGAGCACGAUAUGUACGUUUCGCUGGAGGACGUGAAUGCGGGUUGCCAGAAGAAGAUGAAGAUCUCGAAGAUGGUAAUGGGGCAGGAUGGUUCCGCGCGGAAGGAAGAAAAGAUACUGAACAUCAACGUGAAACCGGGCUGGAAGGCGGGCACGAAAAUCACCUUCCCGCGCGAAGGUGACCAAAUUCCGGGCAAAGUUCCGGCUGACAUUGUGUUCAUCAUACGGGACAAACCGCACCAACACUUCAAGCGCGAGGGCAGUGACAUUAAGUACACGGCGAAGGUUUCCCUUCGGCAGGCACUGUGCGGUACGGUCAUAAAGGUACCGACGUUAAGCGGUGAAACUCUCAGCAUCUCGACGGUGGGUGAAGUCAUCAAACCACACACGGUGAAGCGUCUACAGAACAGGGGGCUGCCGUUCCCGAAGGAACCGAGCCGGAAAGGUGAUCUGGUGGUUGCGUUCGAUAUCCAAUUCCCCGACCAGGUGUCCUCAAGCGCGAAAGAAAUCAUUGCGGAUCUGUUCCCAAUGUAA